AUGAGUAUUAUUCCUGCUGCUUUGGUAGGAUCCCUGUGGGUGCUUCUGCGGCCACUAAACAUCAGCAUCGCCUUUGGCGCCUACAUCGGUUGGCAAGUAAUCUACGCCCCGUACUUUUCACCGCUGCGUAAAGCUUCCUGGGCCCUUCCUGGCGCGCAUCUCCAGCCCCCCUUUUUCUUCCUCCAAGUCCACUGUGCCGAGCAUGCACUAAUGAUGAAGCACAAUCAGAUCUACGGCAGUCUUUUUAUUAUGAGCCCGCAUCGAGUGACAAUCUGCGAUCUCAAGAACAGCUCUACAAUUCUAGGCACCUAUACCUUCCUCAAGGACCACAUGUAUCAGAAGAUCAAGAUGGUGGGCUCAAACACAUUUUUGAUUGCCAAUCCAGAGCUUAACAAUUAG